CCGCUCUGGCUGCACCGCGCUCGCUCUGAGCUCCGGGCUCCUGCUAAACUAGCGCAGCCGCGGCUCCCUUCAGCCACUAUCAUGAUUACCUUUCGGGACCUCAUCAGCCAUGAUGAGAAGUUCUCCGACAUUUACAAGAUCCGGGAGAUUGCGGGCGGACUGUGCCUGGAGGUGGAGGGUAAGAUAGUCAGUAGAACAGAGGGUAAUGAUGACUCGCUCAUUGGUGGAAAUGCGUCCGCUGAAGGCUCGGAGGGCGAAGGUACCGAAAGCACGGUAGUCACUGGGCUGGAUAUUGUCGUGAACCCUCACCUGCAGGAAACCAGCUUCACAAAAGAGGCCUACAAGGAGUACAUCAAUGAUUAUAUGAAAUCAGUGAAAGGCAAACCUGAAGAACAAAGGCCAGAAAGAGUAAAUCCUUUUAUGACAGGGGCUGCAGAACAAAUCAAACACAUCCUUGCUAAUUUCAAAAACUAUCAGUUCUUUAUUGGUGCAAAUAUGAAUCCAGAUGGUGUGGUUGCUGUCCUGGACUACCGUGAGGAUGGUCUGACCCCAUUUAUGAUUUUCUUUAAGGAUGGUUUAGAAAUGGAAAAAUGUUAA